CUGUCAUCCUAUCCAAUUGUCUCCCAUAUUCACCAUGGCCAGCAGAGCCAUCAUCAGCCCCGCUCCCGAGCGUCCGUCCUGGUACAUCUCGCCCAGGGACAUCACCGACCGCUCGGCCAACCCCAUCGGCCGCGGUGGCUUUGGCGAGGUCUUCACUGGCACAUACUUUGGCUCCAAGGUCGCCAUCAAGCAGCUCCUCGGAAACUACAACAACCGGGAGCUCGCUGACUACAACCAUGAGAUCGAUAUCUGGCAGAAACUCAGCCACCCCAACAUCCUCCCUCUGCUCGGUGCCUGCGACAAAGACGACGACGGCAAUCCGAUUCCUCCCUUCAUGGUCUCGCCCUUCAUGCCCAACGGCACCCUUCGCAACCAUGUUGCCAACAACAAUGUCCCACUUGAGGAGAAGCUCCGUCUCCUCUUCCAAGCUGCAUCGGCUCUGGCAUACCUCCAUUCCCGCCGCAUCAUCCACGGCGAUCU